AGCGCUGGGCUCCGGCCCGGCAGCAGGAAGUGACUCGCAGCCGCUGCGGUGACUCUGGCUCCCAGGCUCCUGGCGAGAUCCCCGAGCCCCGGCGGCUGGUGCUGGGAGCCCGGAGCCCUGGCUGCAGCCGGGAGAGGGGAAUCUCCAGCAGGGCCCUUCCCGCUGCUCCCCAGGAGCCUCUCCCAGGGCAGAGCCCCCAGCCCGGCCCGGCCCCUGCCCCGGGGGGCCCCGCUCGGAGGGAAGUAUUUGGCUCAGAGAUUCUGUAUUGCUUGACUGCCCUUUGGUUCGUUCUGAAAUGUAUGCGAGAGAUCAAAUAACCAAGACCAGUCAGGUUGGUUGCUCUAAGCCAACGAUAAUAUAGUACAGGGAAAAAAGUGUUCUGCACAAUACCAGUCUCCGGGAAGUCGUCAAAUGCAACGUUGUUACGUUCACCUUACACACAAGAUGCCGGUGACCUUCGAGGAGGUGGCUGUGUAUUUCACCCAGGCGCAGGGGGCUCUGCUGGACCCCGCUCAGAGAGCCCUCUACAGGGAUGUCAUGCAGGAGAACUACGAGAUGGUGGCCUCACUGGGAUUCCCCAUUUCCAAACCGGAGCUGAUCACCCAGCUGGAACGAGGGGAAGAGCCGUGGGUCCCGGAUCUCCACCCCUCCAAGGAAUGGGACGUUCACAGAGGCACCCACAAAGGGAAUGACUCCUGUCCGGAUUCUCUCUCUCCCCCAGCAGUUCAUGAGGCGAUGAUGAGUGAGAACAAGGAAAAGAAUUCACAGCAGGAAGAUCCCGAGCAAGUGGAACUACAGGGGAACUUUUGGAGAAGAGCCAAAGGGAAUUUUUCCCAAUCCUUGGAACAGGACAAAGCUUGGAGAAUUCUGCAGAGGCCAGAGAGGCAGUUGGGAAACCACUCAAUAAAGAAAGAGGAGGAAUCCAUUGACUGUGGGGUAGGAUGCAAGGAUCCCAAGCAAACCGCAGCCCCACAGACAAAUCCCAAGGAAGAAAAACCCUAUAAAUGUCUCAGCUGUGGGAAAAGCUUCAAUCAGAAAUCGAACCUUAUCACUCAUCAGAGAAUCCACACAGGUGAAAAACCCCAUAAGUGCUUGGACUGUGGGAAAAGCUUCAGCCAGAAAUCAUCCCUGAUUAUACAUGGGAGAAAGCACACAGGAGAGAGGCCUUAUAAAUGCUUUGAGUGUGGGAAAUGUUUCAAUCAGAUCUCAAACCUGACUACGCAUCAGAGAAUUCAUACUGGAGAGAAACCUCAUAAAUGCUUGAAAUGCGGCAAAAGGUUUAGUCAGAGAUCAGCCCUGAUUACACAUCAGAGAAUCCACACGGGAGAGAAACCCCAUAAGUGCUUGGACUGCGGGAAAAGUUUUAGUCAGAGAUCAGCCCUGAUUACACAUCAGAGAAUCCAUAUGGCAGAUAAAAUGUACAAAUGUCUCAAAUGCGGGAAAAGUUUCAGUGUGAAAUCAGCCCUUGUUAUGCAUCACACAAUCCAUGCAGGAAAGAAACUUCAUAAAUGUUUGGACUGUGGGAAGAGUUUCCGUGACAGCUCAAACCUCACUAAACAUCGAAGAAUCCACACGGGGGAGAGAAUAUAUCAGUGCCUCGACUGUGGGAAAAGCUUCAAUCGGAAAUCGAACCUUCUUACCCAUCGGAGAACCCACACAGGAGAGAGACCCCAUAAAUGCUGGGACUGUGGGAAAAGCUUCAGUCAGAGAUCAUCCCUUAUGAAGCAUGUGAAAAUCCACACAGGAGAGCGGCCGUAUAAAUGUCUGGAGUGUGGGAAAUGUUUCAAUCAGAACAUAAACCUUAUUACGCAUAAGAGAACCCACACAGGAGAGAGACCCUACAAGUGCCUGUACUGUGAGAAAAGUUUUACUGUGAGGUCAGCCCUGAUUACACAUCAGAGAAUCCAUACAGGGGAGAAACCCCAUAAGUGCUUGGACUGUGGGAAAAGUUUUAGUCAGAGACCAGCCCUUACUACACAUCAGAGAAUGCACACGGGAGAGAAACCCUUUAAAUGUCUCAACUGCGGGAAAAGUUUCACUGUGAGAUCAACCCUUAUUACGCAUCAGGCAAUCCACACGGGAAAGAAAUCCCAUAAAUGUUUGGACUGUGGGAAAAGCUUCAGUCAGAGCUCAUCCCUUAUUAAACAUGGGAGAAUGCACACGGGAGAGAAACCCUAUAUAUGUCUUGAGUGUGGCAAAAGCUUUAGUCAGAGAUCAUCUCUUAUUAUACAUGGCAGAAUGCACACGGGAGAGAAACCCUAUAAAUGUCUUGAGUGUGGGAAAUGUUUCAUUCAGAGGUCAAAUCUUGUUACACAUCAGAGAUCCCACUCGGGAGAGAGACCCCAUGAGUGCCUUGACUGUGGGAAAAGUUUCAAAGUGAGAUCAGCCCUUGUUACACAUCAGAGAAUCCAUACGGGAGAGAAACCCCAUAAAUGCUUGGACUGCGGGAAAUCUUUUAGUCGCAGAUCAGCCCUUAUUACACAUGAGAUAAUCCACACUGGAGAGAAGCCCCAUAAAUGCUUGGACUGUAAGAAAAGCUUCAAUAACAGCUCGAAUCUUACUAAACACCGAAGAAUUCACACAAGAGGGAGCGACUCUAGAAAUACCUCAACUACGGGAAAAGGUUCAGUCUGAGCUCACACAUUAUUACCCGUCAGCGAUCCACAGAAGAGAGAGAACUUGAAUGUGGAGGAAUCUUCAGUUGGUGCUCCCACGGAAUCAAGCAUUGUCAACUCCACUCAACUUCACCACGUUAGACAUCAGAGUCUCCUCCGCACAGCAGGGAAAUUCUCUCAGGGCCCUGACUAGGGCUGGCCAUGGUGGCAAACCCAUUUCCUCGUUCCCACACACAUCAGGGGCGCUUGGCUUCCAAGGAUCCAGCUGCCCAUUGCUGGGGCAGGAUCUAGCAGCAGCUGAUCUGUGACCCUCUGGCUCUGCCUAGUCUAAACAAACCCCAGGCAGAGGAGAAGCCCCCAUCAGCCCCUCCUCCCUGCUGCAGCCCUGGCUGCUAAGCUGAUGGGCCACAGGUGGGGGAAGGGAGAGAGAGAAACUCCUCCAGCCGCGCCCUCUGCCUGGCUGAAGUUCCCCCCUGCCUUCCCCUCCCAGCCAGGAUUCCCCUGCCACGGAGAUGAGGAGAAGGACACUUGGGCCAGGUUCCAUCUUCAGUCUACACACCUGUCCC